AUGGAGGCGGCGUGCAAACCCGACGGCGGGGAGCAGGGCCAUCGAGGCGGCGGCGCGGAUCCCCCCGGGGAGGAUUCUAUGGACGGCUACUUGCGAUCUCAGGGCUUGUACAGAAAGAGAGUCGCCAAGGAUGGGUCGUGUCUUUUCAGGGCUGUGGCCGAGCAGGUGUUACACUCUCAGUCUCGGCAUAUUGAUGUAAGGAUGGCUUGUGUAGAUUAUCUUCGGAAAAAUAGGGAGAAAUUUGAAGCAUUCAUAGAGGGGCCAUUUGAAGAAUAUUUAAAAUGUUUGGAAAAUCCACAGGAAUGGGUUGGACAAGUAGAAAUAAGUGCCCUUUCUCUUAUGUACAAGAAAGAUUUCAUAAUAUACCGGGAACCCAAUGCUUCUCCUUCACAUGUAACUGAAAAUGGCUUUUCUGAUAAGGUAUUGCUGUGCUUCUCGAAUGGAAACCACUAUGAUAUUGUUUAUCCCAUAGAGUAUUCAGAAAAGGCUGCUCUCUGCCAGUCUCUGCUGUAUGAGUUGCUUUAUGAGAAAGUAUUUGACACAGAUGUAAAGAAAAUCAUAGCAGAACUUAGCGCUGUUGGUGUGACUGAGGAAAGUAAUGGUAGCAGUGAAUUAUCUGCUUCAGAUUCGGAGGAUGACAACUACAGAAGUAAAGCUACAACAGUUAAUGAUAUGAAUGGAUUGAAGUCUCUUUCUGGAAACAAGCACCUGAAGAGCAAUGGGAAUCCCGCCUUGGUGGUCUUACCUAAAAAAGUUCUUAAAUCGCUCAAUCCAUCAGUUUACAGAAAUGUUGAAUAUGAUGUUUGGCUUCAAUCCAAAUGGGAUCAGCAAAAACAAGAUUUUUCUAUUGCUGCUGGCAUGCAAUACUCAGUUGGAGAUAAAUGUAAAGUGCGCUUAGACCAUAAUGGGAAAUUUUAUAAUGCCCAUAUUCAAGAAGUUUGUUCAGAAAAUGGGCCAGUUGUUGUAUUUGUAGAAGAACUUGGAGCCAAGCAUGCUGUCUCACUGAAGAGCCUUAAACCUCUUCCACAGGCCUCUCCUAUGGAGGGCUGGAACACUGUGCCAGGGAAGAAGAUAAAAAAGUUUUUCCCAACAUGGGGGCAGAAUGCUCAGCCCGAUGCAGAUUGCAGAGGGCCAAAGAAUCAGAGCAAGUCAAUAAAACCCCAGUCAGCACUACCUCCUCGACUUCAGCAUACUGUGGGAACCAGGCAGCAUCAGUUCUUAUGUUCUGGACCCCAACCUCAUCAGACCUCAACUGAGCAGAAAACUGCAGGCAGGAAUCCUUCCCAAGCUGUAAGGAAACCAGACCGGGAGAGAACUGAGGAUCUGAACCACAGCAGCAGAGAUUGUAACUACUUUGGACUGUCUCCAGAGGAACGUAGGGAGAAACAGGCCAUAGAAGAAUCUCGUUCGCUUUAUGAGAUCCAGCAGAGGGAUGAACAAGCUUUUCCUGCUCUUUCCAAUAAUCAGUCAGUCUGUCAAGCGGCUACACAGACUGUGGAUAAUUUAAACCAGAAAAAGUUCUCAAGUAAUGAGAGGAGAAACAGCAAGUGGACAGCGGAAGUGGAGGAGCAAAAGGAUAAUAAAGAGUCAAAUUCCAGGCAGAUCAACUUAAGUCAGAAUCUUGAGCCAAAUUCAUCUGAGAAUAGUCAAGAUGAGAGUUAUCCAAAAGCUUCAUCUCCUUUGGAACAAGUAAAAACAGAUUCUCCGAUUCUUGCUGAGCAAGUAAGAAAUGUUUAUUUUAUUUCAAAGUUUUCCAGUCAGGAGACUUCAGACAAAGGGGAGCUUCAUCACAGCCACAGCCUGACAGAAUGCUUACCAAGUGUCACUCCAACACCCUCACCAGUCUUUUCUGAGGUGCAUUUACGUCCAGCAGUGCCUUCUGUACCAACCAUUGUGCCAGCUUGGCCAAGUGAGCCAACAACCUAUGGACCAGCAGGUAUUCCAGCCCAAAUACCUGCUUCUUCACUGAUGCCAGCCCCAGCAACAGGACCUGACUCUAUAGUAUCACAGGCUCAGGUAACAUCUGCUCCAGUUGCUGGAGUUCCUGUGUCACUACAAGCAGUUAACCAGCCUUUAAUGCCUUUGCCUCAGACUCUGAAUCCUUAUCAGGAUCCGCUAUACCCUGGAUUCCCUUUAAGUGAAAAGGGAGAAAGAGCUGUUGCACCCUCUUACUCCCUGUGCAAUACAGGGGAAGACUUACCUAAAGAUAAGAAUAUUCUAAGAUUUUUCUUCAAUCUUGGUGUGAAGGCAUACAGUUGUCCCAUGUGGGCACCCCAUUCUUACCUGUACCCCCUGCACCAGGCCUAUUUAGCUGCUUGUAGAAUGUACCCAAACGUGUCCCUCCCUGUUUAUCCGCACAACCCCUGGUUCCAGGAGGCUCCACCGACUCCGAAUGAAAGCGAAGCUGCACGGACAAGCAGGCACUUUCCUGGGCAGAGCGAGGCCAGAUCCAAUGGUCAGAUUCCCCAGGCUGAUAGCAGAUCUCCAUCACUGCCUCUGAUCAUACCCACAGCUCAGGUGUCAGAAAGCCAAGGGCAGGUCUGCGUUGAAUCGGAGAAUCCAGCGCAAGCCCUUCACGCAAACUAUGAGGAGUCCCUGAGAGGGAAAAACGUGUUCCCGCAGCCGCCCUUUGGACACAAUCACUUCCUGGGAGCUGUUCCAAUAGCACCUCCUUUCUUCCCUCACUUUUGGUAUGGGUACCCAGUUCAGGGCUUCAUUGAAAAUUCAGUAGCGAGACCGAACGUCGUCAUGUCACCUGAGGACAAAGAGACAGCGGUUGGCACCUCUGCGAGCGUGUACGCGGCUAAAGAGUGCGGUCCUCCGGUUCCUGCGGUGAACUGUGCAGAACAGCUUCAGAAAAAUAACAGCAGCGGUGGCGGCUUGAACGCUGUGCCGUUCCCUGUGGCUUCUGCGAGCAGCGAGUGUGGAGCCCUGAAAGAAACUUCAGCCAGGGCACCUCAGUUGGAGCCGACUUCUCCUUCAGCUUCUCCUGCUAAGCAAAAACCAGCUGGGCAGCAACACCGCACGCCACAAAUACAGGGUGGGACCGAGAGGCAGGCGGCGGUGCCCAACGCUUCGCCCCUGUUGGCGGAACCACCGAGAAACGAACUGAAAAACAGCGGUUCCAGUCGUAAGGAGAAGACCGAUAAAGGUAGAGAUUCCAAGGGCGCUGGUAACGUGCAGACGGAAAGCCGGGCACAGAGAACGAGGGAAGAGAGCUCUGAAGACGAGAGCGAAGUUUCCGAUAUGCUGAAAAGUGGUAGAUCCAAGCAGUUUUAUAACCAGACUUACGGAGGAGGCAGAAGGCCUAGACUUGAGUGGGGUUAUUCCAGCAGGGGUGGGGGAUACCAGUUCCAAAGAAAUGAGGAAACCUGGAAGGGCCCCCCGAGCAGAAGCAGAGAUGAUGGCUACCAGUAUCAGCGAAACUUCCGAGGGAGGCCCUAUAGGAAUGACCGGAGGAGGGCAGCACUGGGAGAUAACCAGAGGGGACAUCAAGCGUAG